UCUCCCAGUGGGAUUUACCAGCAGCACUGUGCGGUGGGUUGUGCUAACUGCAUGUUGCUAACGCAGCUGUCUGACUUCAACGUCCUACCUCACGUUGCCCCAAACAAAAAUGGCGACGUCCUUACUACAAAUGCUGUGACAGACUGAACGAAGAAACUAGGUUAUAUCAUUUGACAUGUAAUCUACUGGCUGGUUACGUCUUCUGAUUGCCGUAUUCACUCAGACCACACGUUUGGACAAGAUUUAAGUUGGAGACUAGCGUCUGCGCAUUUCCUUCACAUCGUCUUAAUUAACGGAACAGUUUUUGAUCAUGGCUCUGCACCGGCUGUCUUUACGACUCCGACAGACUGUGACUCAGACGCGUUCCCUUCAUGGCAGUGGGUGGGGCCAGCAGCUGGGGUCAGCGGCAGUGGAACCAGAACCUCCGGUCAGAAGUGAACAUGCAUUCUUCAGAACCGCUGAGGGGGAUCCAGCUCAUCAUUCUGAGCACCAUUUGGGUCAGCACUACACCCUUCCCCCAGCCACCAUGCGGUCCCUGUUCCCCCAUGGUCUGCCCCCUCGGUUCCAGCUGCAGGUGAAGACGUUCAACGAGUGCAGCGUGAUGGUGCGCGAGCCGGCCGUGGAGAUCAUCUCGCACUUGAAGAGAGCGGACUACAGCAAGCCCGCCAUCCGCUACCUACUCUAUGGAGAAAGAGGCUCUGGAAAGACGAUGUCGCUGUGUCAUGCAAUGCACUACUGCUACAAUCAAGGCUGGAUGAUACUGCACAUACCUGAUGCUCACCUGUGGGUGAAGAACUGCAGUGAACUCCACCCUUCUGCCUUCCACUCCUCCCGGUAUGACCAGCCAAUCCAGGCCGUCCAAUGGCUGAGGAACUUCCGGGUCACAAACGAGCAUUUCCUGUCCAAGAUAAAGACGACCAGGCGCUACAUGUGGACUAAGAGGGAGAGCACUGAGGAGGGACAGCCACUGAAGGAGAUAGUAGAGCAUGGCUUGUCCCGGGUGAAGAGCAGCUGUGACGUGGUGGGGGCACUGCUGAGGGAGCUACGGCUGCAGGCGGGGGGGCCGGAGCGCUUUCGGGUGGCGGUGGCCGUGGACGGGACGAACGCACUCUGGGGGAGGACUACCCUGAAGAAGGAGGACAAAACUAUGAUUGCUCCUGAGGAGCUGACUCUGGUUCACAACCUGAGGAAAAUGCUGAGGAAUGACUGGUGUGGGGGUGCCAUUAUCACCGCACUGUCCCAGACAGGCUCUCUGUUCAAACCCACCUCUGCCUACCUGCCCCAGGAGCUGCUCGGAGAGGAGGGCUUUGUCAGCUUGGAACCCUUUCUGCCCGUUCCAGUGCCGGUGUACGGUGAGAAGGAGUUUGAGAGCUGCUAUCAGUACUACAUUGACCGCAACUGGUUGCAGCAUCCGCAAAGCCGCACCGAAGAGGGAAAGAAGGAGAUUAUCUUCCUCAGCAACAGGAACCCUGCUGUGCUGGAGAGACUGUGUGCAUCGCUCUGAAGGCAAAAUUACACGCGCGUCUUCCCAAGCUGUUUUACUUAACCCACAUACAUAUUGUGUUACACUUUGUUCUAUGAAGUGCUCCAUGGAAUGUUUUUGAUAAUAAAAUGCUGUUAAAGACA